AUGAAAUAAUAAUAGGAAAUAAUAUUAAAGUGUCCAAUGCAUGAUUGUUAAGCAGAAUUUACUUGCUUCAAUUAAUUUUGUAAAAAAAGUAGAAUUUUUUGUUUUGAAUGCGUAAGAAAUGGCGAUCACAAUAUUCAUUCAGGAGAUUAAAAAAGGAUUGCUGAUUUGUUUGAUUAUAUAGAAAAUAAUAGGCUAUAAAUUGAAGAAAUCAUAUAACAAUUACACUAAAUCUUUGCUUAUAUUACUAAAUCAUUUUCCUUAUUAGAAUAAGGUUUGAAGAAUAAAUUUCUAUUAACAAAUUCAGAAUUGUGUAAAAUUGACCCAAAAUAAGUGAGUUCUGCAGUUAAUUAAAUAUUCCAAUAUAAAAAUUUUUCUCUGAACAUUCUACAAGACAUAAAUAAUAAAUCCAUAGUUUUAUGUGAAUCAAUAAAUAAAUGCGGUAGUGUAUUUGGCUUAGAGAAUAUAAAUAUAGAAAAAUAAGAUUAUUAACAAAUUAAAUAAGUAGAUGAACCACAUUAAAAUAACUAAAUCAGAUAAAUCGUAUAUUAUAAUAACCCUAAAUUUAAUGAAGCAAUGGAAAAUUUGAAAAAAUUAAUACCAAUCAAUUUAUAUGACGAUGUUCAACGUUUGCACUUAACAGCUGAAUUCUUAAAAAUGCUCAAAUAUUUUAGUGAAGCCAACAUAAAGGCUGAUCAAGCACUCUAAUAAGACCCAAAAAACCCCUAAUUACUCUAGACAAAAGGUAUGCGAUUUUAAAAAAUGUUAGUUGAAAUCUUAAAAGGGCUUGGAAAAUUCGAAGAAGCGAUUCAAUUCGCUGAUAAGGUUCUUUUUAUAGAUUCAAACAAUUUGCAAUGCAUAAUUAUUAAAGCUGAAUGCUUAAAAUCGCUUAAAGAUUAUGAGGAGGCCAUUAAUUGGGCUGACAGGGCACUCUAAAUAGAAUCAAUGAAUAUUUGCUCCUUAAUAAUAAAAUUUUAAAGCUUAUACAACAUUGGAAACUAUGGUGAUGCUAUUUUAUGUGCUGAAUAAGUAUUAAAUGUUGAACCAAUGAAUUUGUAGGCAUUAAUAGUAAAAGCUGGCAGUUUACGAUUACAUGGUAAUUAAAACGAAGCUCUUGCAUAUGUCGAUUAAGCACUGAGAAAAUAUCCAUUAAAUAAAUUCUUAUUAGAAAUAAAAAAAAAGUGUUAUAAUCCAUAUAUAUAACAACCACCAAAAUAGAUGGAAGGGAUAGGGAUUUUCCAAAAAAGUACAGGCAACCCUCUUACGUUUUAACCAAAAAGUAGUAUUAACUUCAAUAAUAAAUGA